GGCGCCUCCCCCUCUAUAAACCACGGCGCCCUCGCCGCGUGCAUUCCAUAUCGCCUCCGAAUCCGACGACAACGACGAUGCUGCGGCGGCCCCCUCCUGUCCCCGUCCCGAGGUCCUCGCUGGCGGCGGCCGCGGCGCCGGCCUUCGACUCGCACCCUUCCGACGUGGUCCUCGUCAAGUCCUACCUCCGUCCCUGGGUCGCGCAGGGCGUCCGCCCUCCGGGCGCCUUCGUGCACGCGGCCGACCUUUACGCCGCCGAGCCCGGCGACCUCGCGCGCCGGCACCGCGCUGCCGUCGCGCGGGAUGGCGAGCGCGCGUGGUACUUCCUCUCGCCGCUCCGCACCAAGAGCCCCCGCGGGCGCCGCAAGUCGCGCACCGUCGAGGGAGGAACCGGGUGGUGGCACGGCGAGGCCGGGCCCAAGCCCGUGCUCGACCCGCUCGACGGCCGCCGCAAGGUCGGGUACCGCCAGAGCUUCUCCUUCAUGAGGCGGGGCGCCGACGGCGCGCCGGUCAGGACCGGGUGGAUCAUGCUGGAGCUCCGCCUCCACGACGACGACGACGACGGCGAAGGCGGCGGCGGGCUUGGGGAUCAGCUGGAGGGCCUCGUCCUGUGCAAGGUGUACCGCAGCCCGCGCCACCCGGAGACCGCUGCGGCGCCCGACGACGGCGACGAGGAAUCUUGCGCGGCGGCGGAGACGGCGCCAGGUGGGCGCCAUAGCAACGCUGCGGACAGCGACGGGAGCUCCGACGCGUCGCUUGUCGCGGUGGUGGAACCUGGAGGGAAGAGGAAGGCGUACGACGACGAGGGGUCCAGCGCGGCGACGCCAAGGCGCCAUAUCAAGAACGCGGACGGCGAGACCUCGGGCGCGGCCGCGGCGCUCAUGGCGCCCGGGCUCAAGAAGCAGGCGGCGGACGGCGAGAACGAGGUCUACGGCGCGGCCACGUCCGCGGCGCCCGGGCUCAAGGAGAAGGCGGCGGCGGACGACGAGAACGUGAUCCCCGGCGCGACCACGGCCGCGGCGCGUGGGAACGAGGAGGGAAAGAAGAGAGCGGCGGACGGCGACGAGGACUCAUCGGCGUCGACGGCUGCGCGCAAGAGGGCGAGGACGGUGGGCGACGAGGGCCCCGGCGCGGCGUCGGCGUCGGCGUUGGCGCCGGCGCUCAUGAGGAAGUCGGCCGUCAUCGCCCUCGCCCCGGCGCCCCAGCAGCUGCUCUGCCCUCAGUGCGGGUUCCAAAUUGGCGCGCUGCAGGCCGUCGUCGCCCCGGCCAAAUCCACAUCGGAGACGGGGACGAGGAUUGCUCAGGCCGGCGCGCCACAGGGAGGUGGAAGAAUGGGAGAUGCUUCAGGGAAGGAUCACUCCACCCAUCGCCUUGUUUUGAGAUUCAGUGACCCCAAGCAAGCAUGAGCCAUGGCCUUGAGCAAAUCUUCCCCCCCUCCUCCACUGUGAACAGAUGCAUCGUCAGCACUGAGAUUCAUUGCAAUUGCAGAGGGCAUGCAAAUAGCCAUUGUAAAAAUCUACACAGCUAGGAUAGUUCUUGCUUCUAUCUGGUGAACUUGGAAACACAUACGGUGUCAAUGUUCAUGAAUUCAGUGUGCUUCUGUCAGUCAGAGCUUAAG